AACGAGUGAAACUCGUAAACGUAAAAGUUGUAAUUUUCACCAUUACUUUUGAUAAAUUCGAUUUAUUUCGCUGCAACUGAAAAGUUUAAAGAUGUCCCUCUUCCCAGCUUAUUCAGCCGGUGUGACAUCCAGCAUCGUCCAAGUACCGGCCAAACCGAGCGACCUUGCGUGGUUAACGAACCAGAGUUUCAUUGCGAUUCCCACCGGUGGUGGUGGCACUUCGGAAAAGGUUGACGGUGAUGAUGAUGGUGGUGGUGCGUCGUCGGAACGGGAAGAAGGUGAUUCGAGUCGCAGGGACAGGAGCCACACAGCGCAUAAACGGAAAAAGAAGCACCACCACCGGAAGAAAGGGGGAAAGCGUCACCGGAAGCGAGCGAGCAGUGGCAGUGGUAGUGGUUCGGAUGUCGUUGCGGAGGAGGUGAGCCGAGCGGAUGUGAAGGUGUCGGAGCAUGAUUAUUACACGGAUGUGGAGGCAUUGAGGAUUUACCUGACGGUGGAGACGCUUUAUAGGCCGGCUUGUCCGCGGUAUAAGUUGGGGCCUUAUCGGUUCCGGCAAGGUGUGGGGCAUAGGUCGAGAGGGAAGGCGCAGAGAUAUUUUAGGCACUUCCGGAAGUGGCGGGAGGAAGGUGACGGAGAGGGAAAGCUGGAUGGUACGUCGACGGGGGAUAAGGAGAUGGAAUUGGAGAAGGCCGCCAAGAGGGAUUCAUCGGUGGAGAAAUGGCUUGAGUAUUACCGGUACAAAAGGGAUCACCCGAGGCACUACGAUAGCUAUCAGAACCACAAGGCAGAAUUGGCAAUUGUGGAGCGGGCUAUGCAGCGGCAUCCGGAUGACGAAGAUCUGCUGGGACUGUAUCUGGAGGGCAUUGUGAAGGUCCACCCGACAGACGAGGUGCUGGAGUUGAUCCAAAAGCAGAUCAAAUUGGACAAUACGAAUGUCCAGCUUUGGGAUGCACUGAUAGCCAAUAAGCAAUCCUCGAUGGCCCAGUGCAUAGCGCCGAAUGUUCUAAAGCUGUACGAGAAGAGUAUCAGGGCGCUGUUUCUGGCCAAAAGGAGCGAUGAGGUGAUGUUGAAGUUCUUUAAGAAAUGCGCGAUCUUCUGUAGGCAGGCCGGAUUGUGGGAGCAGUUCUUCGCGCUUGUUCAGCUCACUAUCAGCAUGAAUGUGAGCACAAACUUUGCUAGUGGGAAGCCUUUAUUUGCAUCACCGGAACAGUACGGCCAGUUGGUUGAGUAUGAGGAGCUGAUCCUAAAGUCUGGGCUUCCGAUGAACGAGAUUUGGUUGAGAGUUGAAAAAUUGCGAUCCGCAUUCCAUUUUCUGCCUUUCCAGGGGUCUCAGAUGUGUAGUGACCCGCAGCGAAUGGUCCUUCAGGAGGACAUAAUAGGCUUCGUCUACCCAUUGAUCAACAAGGAGUAUGCCUUCGAUCUAGUGAUCUUGAUCCUGAAAAUGAUGAAGUACCCAUUUGAAAGCUGUUCCUUCGAGAGCUGUUCGUUUUUCCAACCGGAAGCGUACGAAUCGGACCAUUCCGAGCAGAUUUUGCCGCUCUUUUUACACCUGACCAGGGAUCGAAAAGUCGAUCCGAUCGUUUUGAACUUGAUCAAGGAAUUGAGUACGCCCCCGUCCUUCAUCAACACGAACCUGGCGUUCGAAUCGUACCUGGACGUAAUGAGGGAAUUCCUGGUGUCCGCCGCGGAACACUUCUCCGAUGCCAAGAACAUUAUCCUUCUACUUCUAUAUCUAAGAUUGGAGAGGAUUCUUCUGGCGUUCGAUAGAAACGCCGGCCCUCUGACUGAUCAACGCAAAAAAGCGACUCGAACUCGCGUCAAAAACCUUCUCAAGAAGAGCAGAUACCAGAACAACCUUAACUUCUACAUCGAAUACGGACUGAUCGAGUACGAGAUGGAAGGUAUGGGACCAGACUGCCUCAAAAUCUUCAACACUUCGGUACAGGUGUUCUGCGCGCAAGACGACUUUAUGGAUGAUAAUGAUCUCUUUAGUCUGGUUUUGAAAUUUGUUGAAGUUCUCCUGAAGGAGGAUCGCAGGAAUCAAGCGAUAGCGAUCAUGACCAAACUCGCUCUCAAUCCCAGAACCAUUAGUUUCGAUUCAACGGAUGAUGUUUCGGAUCCUUCCAAACUCUUAGCACUUCAAAAGUUUAACGAUCGAGUCACCCGAUCUCUGAAUGUGGAUUGCCACGCCGAGCACAUGCCCGUUGAGCGGUACUUUGUCACAAGUCCCCUAGCCAAUAACAUCAGAGCCUAUCUCUACUAUCUGUCCCUGAUCAAGUCCAAAGCGGAAACGAUCAAACGCAUCGAUGGGUUCCUGUUCCACUUCAACGACCUCGGCGAUCCGACCCAUAGGUUCAUCCGAGAGCAAAUCUACGAAAUUUUUCUGAAGAUCCUCGAAUUCCGCCUGGACGAGUUCACCAACGAUCACUUCCUCCAGGUGAUCGAUCGAGUUCUGCACGAAUUUCCCGAAAAUCUAACCGCCAUCCGGAUGUGCAGCUUCUCGGAAUCCCUGACGUGGUUCCAAAUUCGGACCAUUCUCGGCAAACAUCUGACCACCAAAUCGAUCCUCCUGAUGGUCACUUCCGCUCGCAUCCGCACUCUCUACACCAAGGAUGAAGCAGAUAAAACCGACGACCAAGUCUACAAACGAAGAACCCUCAACCUUCUGAAGCACUCCCUCCGGAGGGAUUCGCCCCUCCGGCAGAACGCCCUUCUCUGGCGGCUGUACAUACGGGAGCUGUUCGACCAACCAGCCCUCCCUCAGGGAGGGAACAACGUGCUAGAACAGUGCAAACGCACACUGUAUCUGGCGCUGGAGGCGUGUCCGUGGAACAAAAUGCUCUACCUGGAUGGGGCGUUCUUUGCGCCGCAGGAACUGUCCCAGCUGCUUGAUCUGCUGAUGGAAAAACAACUGCGGAUACACGCCAUCCCGGAGGAGCUGGAGAUACUGCGGGAUGAGUAGUGAGUGGUUUUUGUUUAGUGGUUAUCAGAAUAGAUUGUGUAUAAUACUCUA